GUCAAUGAGUUUGGUGCUGAUCCUAAUGCUAAAGCAUAUCAUGGAGUAAGGGGCUUACAUUUAGCAGCUCACAGUGGUCACCUUAAUGUUGUGCAGUUCUUAUCUGAUCUUCCAGGCAUUGAUCCUGAUGUUACUGAUGAUCGUGAUUGCUCUCCUUUAUUCUAUGCUUGUGAUGAAGGUCACUUGGAUAUAGUCAAGUUCCUUGUUGAGCAAAAACACUGCUCUGUGACACGUCAGAGUAACCUUGGUAUCACACCUUUUGAAAUAGCAAUGUUUAAACGAAGAGAUAAAGUUGUUGAGUACCUAAAGGCAAAAAUUCCUGAGCUUGGAAAACGUGUUAAUGUUAUAGAAAAGGGUCACCAAUGGAUGAUGAAUGCAAGGGAUAAGUUUCCUCAGAGUAUAAAAUUAAGAUCACUAGCCAUUGAAGAUGACAUUGAUGAAGUGAAGAAGAUACUAGAGAGUUUAAGCAUUGCAGAGAGAAAGAAGGCUAUACACACUAGAGGCCCUCAACAAGAGUCUGUACUUCACAAUGCAGCUUUAGCUGGGAGCAUUAAGGUUUCUCGUUAUCUGAUACAAGAAUGUCAGAGUGAUUUAAGUUUUAAGGAUUCUGAUGGCCAUACUCCAAUUCAUAAUGCAGCUCAUGAUGGGCACACAGAAAUACUGAAACUAAUGGCUCAGCAACCUGGAGUUGACAUGGAUCCGAUAGACGUCACUUCUAGAACACCACUUCACUAUGCCGGACAGAAUGGACACUUUGAAGCAGUUAAGUUUUUAGUAGCUGAAUGUAAAUGUGAUCCAAUGAAGAAAGACAAAAAGAGUGUUACUCCAUUGCAAUUAAUGGUGUCGAAUGGACACUUUGAAAUUGUAAAAUACCUUGAUGAAAACUGUGAACUUAAUUUUGAUCACUGUGAUGUAAAUGGGCGUACUCCUCUCCAUUAUGCAUGUCAGAAUGGGCACACUGAUAUGGUUAAGUUUUUAGUGUCUCAGAAAUCCUGCAACAUUAAUUUGGAAGAUAACUCAAAGAUAACUCCCACUAAUAUCUCAGUAGAGGCAGGACAUUUUGAUAUAGUAGAAUACUUAUCUAGCUGUGAAGGGGUUGAUUUCAAUCACUGCGAUAAGCACCAGAGAAUCCCGCUGCACUAUGCUUGUCAAAAUGGUCACUUUAAAAUUGUUUGCCUUCUUGUGGAAAAGUUCAAUUCUGACCCAAUGAAAAAAGAUAAAAAUGGCAUAACACCUUUCCAAUUAUCCGGGCAAAAAGGAAAUUUUAAACUUGUUAAGUAUCUGUCUGGUCAGCCAAAUAGUAACCCGCACAUUUGUGAUCAGUAUGGACGCUCAAUCCUUCAUUAUGCAUGUCAAGAUGGUUGCACUGACGUUGUCAAGCUUCUUGUGGAUGAUCAUGAUGCUGACUGUAAUUUGGAAGACAGAAAAAGAGUAACUCCAUUCCAGUUAGCUGCAGAGUGUGGUCAUUUUGAUAUUGUCAAGCACUUGAUUUCCAAUCCCCGAACUGAUCCACAUCAUACAGAUAAUAGUGGUCGCACUGCUUUACAUGGAGCCAGUCAAAAUGGACACACUGAUAUUGUUAAGAUACUAGUUAAUGAAUGCCAGGUCAACUUUAACCAAAAAGACACCGCUUUUGGUGUGAGCUGCUUGCAACUUGCUGCUGGAAAUGGAAACCUUGAUAUAUUAAAAUUUUUUGCUUCAUUUGGUAACUGUGACAUGUCUAUUUCCUCAACAAAUGGAAGGACACCACUUCAUCAAAGUGCACAGAAUGGUCACUUUGAGGUAGUUAAGUAUUUAGUGAAUGAGCAUCACUGUGAUCCAACAAUUAAAGAUUUAAGUGGUGUCACACCUGUACAUUCAGCCGCUUUUACUGGACGAUAUGAUAUAGUGGAGUUCUUUUCAACCAUACCUGGUGUUUCACUUGAUGUUCCUGAUGAAGAUGGAAGAACUCCAUUGCACUGCUCAGUACAAGAGGGACACGUCAAGCUUGUGAAGUUUCUCGUUGCCAAAGGAUCAAAUCCUUGCACAAAAGAUUUUAAAGUAGGAGUUACUCCAGUCCACCUAGCUGCUUUUAAUGGCCACACCGAUUUAAUAAAAUACUUUGGAUCCAUAGCAAACACAGAUUUGGAUGUCAUAGACAAGUUUGGACGCUCUCCACUUCAUUGUGCAUGCCAGAAUGGUCAUCGUGAGAUUGUUCAAUUUUUACUACAGAAAAAUUGCAAAGCAGACCGUGCUGAUGAGAAUGGUGUAACUCCACAAAUGUUAGCUAUUAGAAGUCCAGAAAUUCUUCAACUUUUGAUAGGAAAAGAAGGAGAAGACCCUUUAAAUUUCCUGAAUCAAGGAGUAGGUUUACCUGGACCAGAUGAACUCAAUUUUCCUCCACCUGAUGAGUUACUGGAAGCUCUGAGACAGCUGAACUUCAGUGACAAUGAAAACAGAAACAGGAAUAGAAACCAAAGAAACAAUGAAAAUAAUUGUACAAUUCAGUGAUACUUUGCGUAUGGCUGUAUAUUAUUAUUGCUAUUGUACAUGUAUUCUGUAUACUUUUUGUGACUUUAUUCUAUGCUGCUUUUACCUGUUUUGACAUUAGUAGUAAUAUGUAUUUCUAUAAUGUAGCUAAGCUGUCAUUUAAACCUCAUUUUUGUAAUGAUUUUUAUUGUAAAGUUAUGUUAAGAA